AUGAAUCAGCUCACAUCGGAACAAGCUCAAGCAUUAUGGUCAGCAGGUGGGUUCCUGGUAUUUGAUGGAUUAUCAGAAGGUAGUGAAUUCGGUAUCGAUGGGAGUAUCAACAUUAUACGUAAAUUCAGCGGUAUCAAGUUCCUCCCACCAGGUAUGCACCUCAUCACUUGGUCACCCACCUCUUCUGCUUCUUCUUCUACCACCGGUCCAGCGAGUCCAGCGGGUCCUGCGGGUCCAGCGGGUAUCCCCAUACGAUCUGGUAUCAUAAGGUAUACCAAACCGAAAGAACGGUUCGUCAUACGAUAUGACUCCCAAUCUGAACAUACCGAGGUGCAGCUAGAUGUAGUAAUCUCGGACGACAGGUUGAAAUCCCUCGAUGGGGAGAUGGCUCCUUACCCAUUUGAUCAUCUCGAGCGUUGGAAAUCCCUCACUUCACAUAUAACCGAAGAGACGAUCAUACAGGUGAUAGGAGGGAAUAACAGGGUGAUCAAUGGGUUGAUAGAAGUAGAAGGUGAAGAGGAAGAUUCGGUAGAUCGUAGGAAAGGAAACACCAAUCAAGGGGAUGAAAAUAGUACAGGUGGUAAUGGUGAUAAGCUGAAUUUUGUCAGAUUCAAUUUGAAGAAGAGCUGGAGAGAUGGUGCGAUAGGUGAAGAAGUUACGAGAUACUCUAAGGAUAAGAGCUGGUUGCUGGGGGAUGUUGUGGAGAGACAAUUAGGGGGAGAUCCAAUCAAACUCAUCUCCCAACUCCAACUUUCCUUCAUCCUCCUCUUGCACCUAUCUUCCUACUCCGCUUUACUAGUGUACAAACGGAUCCUCACUCUACUUUGUCAAUCCACAGCAAUUCUCUACACUCCUUCAGAAUAUUCAUCAUCAUCUACUUCCCAAAAGGAAGUACAAGAAACGUUUGUAUCGCUCGUUGAUACGCUAGCAAGUCAGAUACAAGCUAUACCGGAUGGUACAUUCGAUACGGAAUUACCUGAGUUGGAUGUCUUUUACCUGGAUCAAAUUGAUUCCAUGCGGAAGAAUCUGAGCGGAGGGAUAUCAAUAUCAAAGGAUUCGGACAAGUGGGAUGAGAAUGCGAGGGAAAAGUUAGGAUCAUCUUGGACCAAGUUGAAGGAAGCUGGUAAGCCUUGGGGAUGGGAAAUCGGUGACUUGUCGAUAGAUCAGGUAGGUCAGAAUAGCGAUGACGAUGAAGAGUCAGAAGAAGAAGGUGAAUAUGCACCAGUUAUCGUAGAGAUGUAG